CUUGAAAUGGAAGAUAUUGCUAGAAAAAUAGAGGAACACAACUUCAAACAAGCCAGACUGAAGACCAUCUUAGAGUUAGCAAAAUUGUAUGGAGACCUAAGGGUCCAAGAAGCCUUCGGCUCUGAACCAGAUGUUCCUCAACAGCAUAUGUUUGAUUUUACCGAUCUUGCUGCAGGGAACGGGAUACAGCAGCAAUUUACUAAACCUCAGGAAAACAAGAUUGAGGAAACAGCCACUGAAGUAUCUCAAGAGGAGGCGAAAGAAACUGAAGUUUCUGAUUCCCAAGAAGUCAACUCUAAAUCGCCUUUCACAAAUUCAAAGGCAUCUUUGACUCAGGAGGAGAAGGAAAGGUUAGAGAAAGAGAAAGAGGAAAAAGAUCGCAAAAAUGCUAGCAUUUUUGCAAGCAUUAUUGCUCCUCCUCCUUCCAAUCUUAAGACUGACUCCAGAAUGAGAGAUGCUAAGGGCUCAAAGAGCUCAAAGAAGGCUGUUUCUAGUAAGCAUGCCAAGAGGAUAAUGGGGUCUGUUUUGGCUAAAUUAGAGAAUUCAGGCUAUAUUAUCUUCCCAUCAACACAGGUUUUGAAGGAGAAGGAACCUGCAAUGCUUAAAAGCAUCAAAGAAUUCUCUAUCCAGAACAGGUAUGGGACUGUGAGAUUCAACGGUACUGUAAAUCUACUUGAGAUUGAUAAAAAUUCGAGGUUGGACAUAUCAGAGCCGGAUACAACAACUCGUAACCCAGGUAUUGAAGCAACAGGUUUCUUUUCACAUUACUCAGCUACAGUGAAGAUCCAGACUCUCGCACAGAGUUUCAUCAGAGACCUCGAUCAGAGGGAGAGUAACAGUAUUCCAAUCAUAGACAUGAUCAAGGGCAUAUUUGACGUGAGCACUGUCAACUAUGUUAAGGAGACUGACUCGUUGACUUAUUCAGUCACUAGCUUUAAAAGAAUCGGUAGCAACUAAUUAUUUCAAUCAUGCCUUACAGA